AUGAGUCACUCAGAGAAACAGAGUGUAAGAUCACGUGUGUCCAGCUCUGUAUCUGUGAAGAGUGACCAGUCAAAAGAUGGUGAGCCACCGGAAAUCACAGAGAAACAAACGUCAUCUGUUAAAAGUUCUGUGUCUGUGAAGAGUGACCGUUCAAAAGAUGGUAACCUACCAAACUUCAGUGAGAAAACAGCACCGACCAAAAGUGUAAGAUCAGGCUUACAUGUGUUCAGCUCUGUGUCUGUGAAGAGUGACCGUUCAAAAGAUGAACCACUGAAAUUCAGUGAGAAAAAAACAUCACCAAACAAAAGGGUUCAACAUGAGAAAUCAGGCACAAAGGUUCAGAAGUGCCACUUCCACAAGAAGUUCAGAGAAAAUCUCCACAGCAUAUUCCAGGAUCUUGAGGACAAAAUAAUAACAUUUUUGAAGUACGAGCUGGAAAAGUUUAAGAAAAUAUUAAAAAAGGAAAACACACAAUACUUUGUGAGAGAUAAAGAUGACAUGUGCAGUAUCAAAGAAGCAGCUCUUGAUCUCACACUCUACUUCCUGAGAGAUAUGAAGCAAGAUGAAGCUGCUGAUACUCUAGAAGAUAAGCUGGUCUUCAUGCAUCUCAAAUCAAACCUAAAGAAAAAGUAUCAACGUGUGUUUGAAGGAAUUGCAAAACAAGGUGACGCUACACUUCUGAAUAACAUCUACACAGAUCUCUACAUCACUCAGGGUGGUAGUGAACAGGUCAAUACUGAACAUGAGGUAAGACAGAUUGAAGUUACUUCCAGGCGUCAUGAAUCACAAGAGAUACAGGUUGAAUGCACACAUUUAUUUAAACCUAGAAAAGAAAAGAAGAUCAGAACUGUACUGACAAAAGGAGUUGCUGGAAUCGGAAAAUCAGUCUCUGUGCAAAAGUUUGUUCUGGAUUGGGCUGAAGGAAAAGAAAAUCAAGAUAUCAGCUUCAUAUUUCCUCUUCCAUUCAGAGAGAUGAACUUACAGGAUAAAGAAAAACAAAGUUUGAUGGACCUUAUAACUCAGUUUUUCCCAGAGACAAAAGGACUGAACCUUGCAAAGAGGAAUAUUUACAAAGUCCUAUUCAUCCUUGAUGGAUUGGAUGAAUUUCGUCUUCCUCUAAACUUUAAGGAUAAUGAGACAUUGUGUGAUGUAUUGUCACCAGCGUCGCUGGAUGUUCUUCUGACGAAUCUCAUCAAGGGAAAUCUACUUCCUUCUGCUCUCAUCUGGAUCACCACCAGACCAGCAGCUGCCAGUAAGAUUCCUCCUGACUGUAUCGACCGGGUAACAGAGAUACGAGGAUUCAAUGAUGCACAAAAGGAGGAGUACUUCAGAAAAAGAUUCAAAAAUGAGAAUCAGGCCAAAGAAAUAAUUGAUCAUGUUAAAAAAUCUAAAAGUCUUUUUAUCAUGUGCCACAUCCCAGUCUUCUGCUGGAUUUCAGCCACUGUUCUCCAAAACAUUUUGGAAAUGAAAACAAAUAAUGAUCUGAAGAACAAUCAGUGUAAUGAUGCCUCCAAAACACUGCAGGAAUCAAAUACUGAAGACACUCCCAAAACUCUGACACAAAUGUACACACACUUUCUCCGCUUUCAGAUCCAGCAGAGCAGACGAAAAUAUGAUGGAGAAUACACACCAGAUGUUUCCUGGGAUAAAGACGCCAUCCUUUCACUGGGGAAACUUGCAUUUCAUCAGCUGGAAAGAAACAAUGUGAUCUUCUAUGAAUCAGACCUGGAAGCCUGUGGUAUUGACGUCUAUAAAGCAUCAGUAUAUUCAGGCAUGUGUACCCAGAUCUUUAAGGAGGAAACAGGGAUCAUUCUUGGUACCAUGUACUGCUUUGUUCACUUGAGCAUUCAAGAGUUCAUUGCAGCCCUUUAUGCACAUCUGUUUCUAGACAUCAACAAGAAAAGUGUGUUUGUUCAUGAGUCUACAGAACAGGACAGCAAAAAGGAAACCUUGACUGAUUUGCUCAAGACUGUAGUUGACAAAGCGCUUGAGAGUGACAAUGGACAUCUGGACCUUUUCCUUCGCUUUCUUCUUGGCCUGUCAAUACAGUCCAAUCGACUACUGUUACAAGGUCUGUUGACACAGCAAGAUGAAAAUGACCAACGCAAAAAGGAAAUUGUUCAGUACGUCAAGCAGAAAUUUGAAGCUAAUCUGUCUCCAGAGAGAUCCAUCAAUCUGUUCUACUGUCUGAAUGAACUGAACGACCAAACUCUGGUCAAAGAGAUUCAGACUCACCUUAGCAAAGGAAGUCUCUCAUCUGUUGAGCUUUCACCUGCCCAGUGGUCUGCUGUGGCCUUUGUGCUGUUGACAUCAAAGGAAGAGCUGGAGGAGUUUGAGCUUCAGAAAUUUAAGAAAUCAGACGAGUGUCUCAUUAGAUUAUCAGCAGUCAUCAAAAACUCCAAAAUAGCACUGCUGAAUGAUUGUGACUUAACAGACAGAAGCUGUUCAGCUCUGGCUACAGUUCUUGGUUCAGAUACCAAUCUGAAAGAGCUGAACAUGAACAAUAAUAAUCUGCAGGAUCCAGGAGUGAAGCUGCUCUGCACUGGACUGGAGAAUUUAAAGUGUGAACUGGAGAUACUGAGACUCUCUGACUGUGGUAUCACUGAAGAGGGUUAUAAAGCUCUGGCUUCAGCUCUGAGAUCUAACCCUUCACACCUGAUAGAGCUGGAUCUCACAGGAAAUGAUCCUGGACAAUCAGGAGUGAAGGAGCUCAAUGAUUUACUACAGGAUCCAAACUGUCGACUGAAGACACUGAGGUUCUUGGGACCUGAUGCAAAUGAAGCCUGUCAGUAUGUGACUGGAAUUGUGGGUAAAAACCCGUUACUCCUGAGAGAACUGAAUCUGAGUGAACAUGAACUAGAAGACACACGAGUGAAUCAGAUCGCUUGCUACUUGCAGGAUAAACACUGUAAACUCAACACACUGAUUCUGAAUAACAGCGGUAUCACAGAAGAAGGUUGUCAUGUUCUGGCUGCAGCUCUGAAUUCAAAUCCAUCAAAUCUGAAAGAGCUGGAUCUGAGUAAGAAUAAUCUAGGAAACUCAGGAAUGAAGAUUAUUUUGACUCUGUUUGAAAAUGUACAGUGUAGACUGGAAAAGCUGAAGUUGAACUUCAUCAGUAUUACAGGUGAAGGUUGUGCUGCUCUGGCAUCAGCAUUUAAUUCAAACCUCAGAGACCUGGAUCUGAGCGAGAAUCAACUAGGAAACUUGGGAGUAACAGAAAUCUCCAGUCUGCUGAGAAAUUCACAAUGCACACUACAGAUACUCAGACUUUCAAACUGCAGUAUCACUGAAGAAGGUUAUAAAGCUCUGUCUUCAGCUCUGAGAUCAAACCCUUCACACCUGAUAGAGCUGGAUCUCACAGAAAAUGAUCCUGGACAAUCAGGAGUGAAGCAACUCAGUGAUUUACUACAGGAUCCAAACUGUCAACUCAACACACUGAGGUGA